UUGCAUAAUCUGUAUGUGUACUGUUACUGUAUAGCUCGCUCUAGAUGGUUAGAUGUACGUCGACCCGGUUCUUGAAUUGAACUGGACUUAACAGUGUGUUGCAUAAUCUGAAUGUGUACUGUACAGCUCGCUCUAGAUGGUUAGAUGUCGACCCGGUUCUUGAAUUGAACUGAACUUAACAGUGGCUCAAGGCUAAUUUACAUUAAUUCAUGUCACUUGAAUACGAUUUGAGCUGCAGGAUAAAGUAUGGAGGAGGUGUCCUACAGGGCUAAAAGUACUCUAGUGAGUGUCUCUGAAUCAAUGUUUCCUGGCAUCAGUACAUCUGUGGCGGGAAAGACUACAUUGAGAAGAGGUUUGGGGAAUGAAAUGGUCUCCAGUCUUCCUCUACAGGUUUUGAUGUUCUUGAACGUGAUAUAUUUCCCUGUAUGGUUGAGUAUUCUGCUAAUGGUGACCUGGUUCAAGUUCGCACUCCUCAACUAUCUUUACAAGUUCGUUCUCACAACCGUCCUCGUAGCAUUCUCAACUAUAGAGAUAGUUCGUCUUUAUCUUGGAUACCUUGGAAAUCUGAAAGAACGAGUUCCUGAGCUGGCAGGAUUCUGGUUACUUAGUGUACUUCUUCAGCUUCCCUUGGCUGCAUUUCUUCUCUUUAAUACGGAUCUUAUCCUAGUUCCAAUAGAGACUGCUGCAGAUAUAAUAAUGUUUAUAUUCAUCGUGGCAGAGCUGUUUAUUGGAUUUUUCUCACUUAGAACCAUGACGAGGCAUCAAGCUUACAGAUUUCAUCUGCAAGAGAUAACUCAGAUGAGUAAUCUCGAAGGAUAUGUCAACAAGGCCUAUUCUCCAGACCUUGAAACCAAUAAAGUUGUCUAAAACUAUUAGAACUACGCUACGUUCUUUUAUCAUGAUUAUGUCAAGACUGUUAGUUCUUUAGUUCUACGACUGUAUCCUGUUCUGUACACUGUACCGUACUGUACAAGCUGUGUACGCGGGCCGCUGAUACGAUAUGCAGGAAAUAAAACCAUUAGCCAGCCCUAGCAGCUGUCCGGCUAUACUUAUUGGAACUGUAAAGUGUAGACCUAGCGGUUUGGCAUUUCAAAAACAGUAGCCUUAAAAGCUUUGUAAAAUAGAAAAUAAAUACAAUAUCCAGAAUGUUUCUCUAUGGAAAUUGAUUAUUUUCUAUUGUGGAUUCUCUUUAACAGUGACUGGCGGAUUUCUUCUACAGAAACAAAUAAGAAAAUUGUGACAAUUCAAAACUUUAAAAGUUAGAAAAAUUACAAUAUAUUCGUCAUUUCUCAUCAGAUGUCGAGCAUACACCUAGUCACAUUCCCUUGAACUUAUCAAAAAGUGUGCUCAAUAAAGAGCGAACAUUUACAAAGUUACCCACGAAAGAUAAUACUUUAAUGAACACCAAAAACAAAUACUUAAAAAAAAUUAAUGUUUGUCUUUCUCCAACUUAAUUGUUUUUUGUUGAUUUGAAGACCGUUAAGAAUUUAAAUUUAAAGUUUUUUAGUUAAAUUUUAAAACAAUACAUUUUUCUGAAAUUUUCAAUUUUUUCAAAUUGUUGCUGCCCUUUAACGUCGACCCCAGAGGUUUCACCCAAAAAUUGAAAAUGUUUUUAACAUUAAUAUUUAUUUUUAAAUUUUCAGCCAAGUCGGAGAUUAUCAUCUUUGUAUAGGCUGUUCCUGUUGUUAGAAAUGACCAUUUCUUAAUAAAUAUAUAUCUAUAUA